AUGGCAAAUUCCAAGGUCCCAGUCACCCCCACCACGGUGUUAGUCCAGCCAUCGCCCACAGAGCCAACGAUCGAGAAAAUCGGCCAUGUCCCCACUCAUGCAGUCUCCGAUAGAACAGCCCUCGAAAUUUCAAGGAACCUGGAUGAGGAUGAGUGCGAUGGGGACGAGUGGGCUGCUCUGGAGAAACGUGUGCGAUGGAAGGUCGACGUGCGUCUCUGCAGCAUUGCCGGGCUCUUGUGCAGCCUCAAUCUUCUGGACUCGCGGAUUUUGUCCUCUGCAGCGGUUACCACCAUGCUGCAGGAUCUCGACCUGACUGAGUCCCGGUACUCGGUCUCGAUUUUCAUCUUCACGAUCGCGAGCGUGGUCUUCCAGCUGCCGUGUACGGUGGCGGUGCGCUUCGCAGGUCCACGAGUUUGGUUCGCAGCCAUGACAUUCAGCUUCGGACUGCUCACCCUGUGCACUGCUUUUAUUCACACCUGGCGUCAGAUGAUCGCCCUACGGGUGCUCUUGGGCAUCGCCAUGUCCGGCAUCUACCCCGGCCUGACCUAUCUGAUCAGCGCCUGGUACCCCCGCCGAGAGCAGCAGCUCCGAUUUGCCUUUCUGCAGUCUGGAGAAGUCUUGGUGCUUGCUACGGGCAAUUUGGUCAACUUCGGUCUUAACCACUUGAAUGGCGCUGCAGGCCUGGCGGGCUGGCGGUGGAUGUUCCUCGUUCAGGGCCUCAUUACCUGCGUGCUGGGCAUCGUCACCUACUGGUGGAUGGUGGACUUUCCCGAACACUCUCACCGUAGCUUUUUCUUUCUGUCAGAGCGCGAAGCCCGUGUGGCCGCCCGCCGUAUCCUGGACGAUCGCGCGGACCUGGUCCCGGAACCGUUCGCCUGGAGCACAGUCCUCGCCAACUUUGCCGAUCUGAAAAUCUAUGGCUUUGCAUGCAUGUUCUUCUUGCUUAAUUUGGUGUCGACCUCUCUGUCCUAUUUCCUGCCGAUUAUUCUGGUUGAGGGCAUGGGGUUUACCACGAACCAAUCCAUUCUCCUUUCGACGCCACCCUACUAUUAUGCAGUGAUUCCCGUCCUCCUCACAUCCCUGGUCGGGGACUUCUAUCAUCUCCGAGGACCAAUGGUCACGUUCAAUGCACUCAUACUCAUCGCCGGCUUUUUGAUGCUCGGGCUCCCCGUCUCGACCCAAGUGACCGUGCGCUACAUCGGGACUUUCCUGGCUACCGGCGCCUAUGUCUCCAACUGGGCUGCUCUCAACGCGUUUCAGGCUAACAAUGUGGUCGGCCAGUGGAAGCGUGCAGUGACUGCGGCAGCGGUCACCGCAUGCAAUGGAUUAGGCGGCGUGGCAGGGAGCUUUAUUAUCCGGCAAACAGAGGCCCCGCAGUACUUGACUGCAGUGUGGGUAUCAGUUGGAUCCCAUAUUCUUCUCAUGGCCAUUGUGGGUGCGUUUACGCUCUAUUUUUACAUUGCCAACGGACGCCAGAAACGGGGGUUGAAAGCCAUAGAGGGCGUGGUAUGA